GGUGGUGGUUCAUUUCUUGCAUUUCUUUUUGCCACUGCGACUUGACAGAGAGAGAACAGAGGGGAGGGGGGGGAGAGAGAGAGACGCACACGCAGACACACCCUUCAUCAUGUUUCUUUUGGGCAUCACUACCUUGAGCUCCUUCUGAUUACCAUACUCUCCCAUCAAUCUUCACAACCCGAAAACAAUAUACAAUCUCAGAAAUCAGAUCUCUCCUCUCUUUCUAAUCUUGUGAACUGAGGUGAGUAGUUGCAAUUAGACCCUCCACAAAAGCUGCAAUAAUGUUAGUAGCUUCUGCAGCAACUCUAAAUUCGGCCUCAAUGGCCGCCUUGUCUGCAACCGUGGCCACGCACAGUGGCAGAAGCCGCCUCCAACGGCCACAAUCGGUGCCACUAUGGUCUGCUCCGCCGCAAACUCUGACCAAACGGAACAUUAUCUCCACCACAUCCAACGGCUGGGAAACUGCCACGUCUGUGAAGACAGCUGUUGCUGCCGUUGAUUCCUCCGAUCCUGCCGAAAAGAUGCAGCAACAAACCAGCACAAGGUACUAUUUCGUUGUAGCAAACGCGAAAUUCAUGCUGGAUGAAGAGGAGCAUUUCCAGGAGCAGUUGUCAGAGCGGCUUCGUUACUAUGGAGAGCGUGACAAAGAGCAGGACUUCUGGCUUGUGAUUGAACCCAAGUUCUUGGAUAAAUUUCCAAACAUUACCAAGCGGUUAAAGAGACCCGCCGUUGCUCUUGUUUCAACUAAUGGUCCGUGGAUCACGUUCAUGAAGUUAAGGCUGGACAGAGUUUUAACAGAAAGCUAUGAAGCCGACAGUCUGGAAGAUGCGUUGGCAUCAAAUCCUGUCAAGCUAGAGUUUGAGAAGCCAGAAAACUGGGUGGCACCGUAUCCAAAGUACGAGUCUGGCUGGUGGGAGCCCUUCUUGCCUCCAGGAUCUCAAAAGCCGAAACCAUGAUUUUUCCUCCUUCUUCGUGGCCGCCUUUUGACCAGCAAGAUUUUCCAGCAUGUGACUUGAAGUUUACAACGCUAUGCAUAAAGCUUUGCGAGUUGGGGAAGACCCAUUGUAAUAUCAAAGGUUAGUGAAUGUUAAGAGGUAAAAACUAGAAGAACAAGCAUAUGAUGACUGAGGAGAUGUAUGCAUGACUACUGGAAAUUUAGCUUUUCUUCAAGUAUUUAAUCUUAGAAGCUGUUUAUUUGGUUUGGUUUAUCAAGUUUGAAAAAAGAAAGAAGAAAAAAAAAGGACUUGCCGUUGACAUUA